GCCUCCAAUCCACUGAUGAAAACCACCAGCCCCAGUCCCUGGGCUGCACACGCUGGUAAAUCUGUGGAGCCUGCUCGAGCUCACACACGUGUGUCCCAGCGUUCCUCGUCCUCCGGGGCUGCAGCCGGGCUGCGGAUGCUGCGGGAGGAGGGAGAGCACCCCGCGGCCAGCUCCCCCGUGGCUCUGGCCCGGGUACCAUGUGCGGGUGAGCUGGGGAGGCUCGUUGCCAUAGCGACCGCUGCUAAAAUGCUCCCUCCUCGCCGCGCCGGGAUGCAGUCGGUUGCAGACAGUUGUUCUUGUAUGUGUGGAGGAAGGCCGGCGGUGCGGUGCCCCGGCCCUCCCGGCGCGGAGUCCCUUCUCCCUGGCACUGUCUGGCCAGGAAAGGAGCCUGACUCAUCCCGGCUGGGACCCGACAGAUGCCAGAGGGAGCAGUCUCAUCCCGUCGCCCUGCACCCGUGGAAGAAGGACAACACUGCUCCAGACUCACCUCACACCUGGCUGGCCAGCAGUUCUUGGCAAGGCAGAUCAUCUGCUCCCACCAUGCCCCACUUCUUGGAUUGGUUUGUGCCUGUGUAUCUGAUGAUCUCCAUUCUCAUCCUUGUGGGCUUUGGAGCUUGCAUUUACUACUUUGAACCAGGACUCCAGGAAGCCCAUAAGUGGCGAACACAGAGACCAAUCAUGGAGCGAGACCUUCGGAAGACACUGAUGAUUCGGGACAACCUGGCUUUUGGGGUGCCUGAGGUCUGACAAGCUGCCCAUCACAGCCAGAGGAAUCUCUCCUGAGUAGGCAGCAGACCAUAAGCCUCACUAGGGAUGGCAGUCCUGCCCUGGUGCACGUGCAGCUGCUCAUCACUUUUCUCUGUGCUGAUCUGGGUCUCGUACUCAUCACUCAACAUUCUGCCCCUUUGCUUCUUAGUCAAGAUUUGUGUGGUUGGGGCUUCCCAUGUUCUCCGAGCUCUUCAGCCAGCCAAAGACUUCUGUUCCUUCCCAUGGCCAAGACUGACGAACCACUCAAAUGAAAUAUCCCUUGUUAAUCACUUGAGUUUGAGUUGCCUGGCAUCUUAACAGGACCUUCAGUAGGAAAGCUACCAGAUUUUGCAAAGGGAUACCGGACCUUGUAUUCCUAUUCCCUAAGUUAAAUCUAACACAGUCUGUCUAAGUCCAAGGGUAUUUUUGGGAAAAUAAAUGGUGUUUCAAUACAAAUUGUUGCUUCAGUUGAGCUCUUCCCAGCACCCACUUGUGGUGCUAGGAUGGUGAGCUUGUCUAAGCUCUAUGCAGAGGGACCAAGGGCUCAGUGAGCCUCAAAUACUGAAUGCCUUUAUCCUUUCUAAAUGCACACCCCUUCUGUGUCUGUUUGGGAGAUGGAGAACAUCCAUACAUACAUGUUCCAUUCUAGAUGCACCACAUGCAAAUUAAAGGUCUUUAUUAAA